AUGCAGACCACCUUUGGUACCGACGAUGUCGAAUGGGGGCCAUUAGCAGCAUCAGCGACCACACAUGGUGCCCUCCGCCACCCGGAUUGGGAACUCGGCUCCAGUUCACGGGGCAGUAGCGAGAGAAGUGGUAGUAGUAGUAGUGGUAGUAAUGCCACCAGCAAAAAGAGUGGUGAUGGUGAGUUUCGGGAACGCAUUGAUCGCCUGUUAGCAGCGUGGGAAAAGAAAACCACGCAGGUGAUCCUCAAGUGGGGCAGCAUGGGUGUAAAGUCCACCGAAUACACCCGCAUUCUGCGCCGCCAGGCGAUUGAAAAGAGGCAAAAAGCGGAAAUGCAGCGGCAGAUGAGGAAGAUCAAGCAGGAGAACCGAAACGAGCAAAGGCGCCGAGAGGAGCGCAUCCGUAUGGCUGAAAAUGCAUGGGCCCGACGACGCGCUGCCGCUGGCAGUAACAAGGACGACAAGAACAAUGGGGGCGAGGCGAAACAGACCGCGCUGUCAAGGGAGCCGCGCCCACCUCCCACAGCACGGUCCGACCCCGAGAUGAAGCGCGGCGUGGCUAUACGGCGACGGCAGCUCCUCCCGGAGCGGCAGCCCAGCAAAGUGCCGUGCACCGCCCCAAUAGCGCACGUCCCUGACGAGGAGAUGGCGAUCGCUGCUGAGGUCCCACACGCCCUAGACAUAUCCGCGAUCGAGGUGGAAAAGACCAGCUCAGUGGGCUCGACGAAUAUGCUGGAAACGUGUGAGGAAAAGGUUGACGCCAAUGACCCAUGCGGAUCCCCCACAGCGCCUGACACCAUGGACAGGUCUGUGGGGAGAGACCCGGAGUCGCCGCAUGCAGAGAAGAAGAAGGAGAAGGAGGAGGAGGAGGAGGAGAAGGAGGAGGAGGAGAAGGAGAAGGAGGAGGAGGAGAAGGAGAAGGAGGAGGAGGAGGAGGAGGUACUCUCACGCCUAGCGGCGUCAGAGUACGAGGCACCCACGACUCAGCCCACCUCCCCCAUCCUUGAUUUGCCUCGCAUUGUGGCGACAGAGGAAGAGCCGGAGCUGGUGAGGGCUCUCGCUGCUGCAGCGGAAGUUGAACAGGUGAUCGGUGGCUUCGAGGAUGACAGCUUCGGUCUCUCUGGAAUCGUUGUAAAGGAUGUGGUGACACAAAGUGAACCUUUGCGUGGCGACGCCGCCGCUCAUCCAAUUUCUCCUUCCAGCAGUGGCAGCAGGAAGUCAGCGUCGAGCAGUGAGGACAAGCCAGAAGACGGGGAGCUGGAAUCCAGGGCAGAGUCAACGCAGUCAGAGGUGGAGGCGCAGGAGGCCGUGGAAGAUGCCAACUACGCGGAUGUCUUUGAGAGCGGCACGGCAACAUCCUCAAUUAAAGAGGCCGAGGACGCGGUAUACAUGAGUAAAACGCACUCAGCUAUUGGUGACAGCGAUUCAAGACCGGACGUCGUCGAUACAACAGAGUCAGUGCAUGACAACAAUGAAGCUGCUGUUGAUGGGGCUUCUUCAUCAUCUCAUUCCGUGGUGAACUCCAGUGCGUCCACCAAGCACGAUUUGACAGUGCGAACAGAAAGCGGCGCCAACGACGACUACGAAGACGACUUUGAGGUCACAGCGUCUGUGAUGACCGAUGUAUAA